AUGGGAGGAUUUGGUAGCAAAAAUUUAGAAUAUUACAACUAUGCUAGCAUGAAAUUGCUUGACAGGGAUAAAUACUCAAGUGAUGAAGAAGACAAUUAUUGUAGGGAAGAUGCUAUACGGGAAGUAAUUAAAAAAGCAAGAGGAAUACGCAAUUGUAAUUAUAAAGAAGCAAUGAAUUUAUAUUUAAAAGCAUUAAAAAUGUUAAAAAAAAUAAAAGAAAACAAUUCUAGGAUAUAUAAAAAUGUUCUCGAAUUUGAAAUAAGACCACAAGAAUUAGCAAAAAACAAAUCAUUAAAUUCUAGUUGGGAAAAAAAUAGUUAUAUAGAAAAAGAAAAUGAAAAAAAUCAUGUUUCUACUUCACCGAAUGAUAAUAAUCAAGCUAUUUCCAUAAAUAACAAAAUUGCUUCUUUGUAUAACGAAAUUGCGGACCUUUGUUGUAUACAUGAUUUUAUAGAAAAAUCUCUAUUUUAUUAUGACAAAGCUUGUUCAUAUAAUCCAUCAAAAAUUGAUUAUAUAUAUAAAAAGGGGGUUUUAUUUCAACAAAUGAAUGACACAGAAAGGGCCAUUAAUACCUUUAGAAUAAUCCUCAACGCUGAACCUAAUCAUAUUCCAACUUUGUUUUCAUUAGGAAAUUUGUACAGAUAUAUUGAUAACAACAUUGCUCUUUCAUAUUUUGAGGCUAUACUUAAAAUAGAGCCAAAUCAUACCGAAGUUUUAUCCCUCAUUGCAUCGUGUUAUGAUAACUUAGGCAAACUAAAUGAAGCAAUUUCUUAUCAGAAUAAGGCUGUCCAGAUAAACCCUGAUAAUUUUAACCACAAGAAGUUUGCCCAAAGGCUUAUCGAAAUGAAGUCCCAAAAUUGA